AUGAAUACAGAAACUUUUACUUACAAAACAAACGAAUCUCUUGCUGGUGCACAUGAACUUGCAAAGAGUUUAGGACAUGCUCAGUUGAUUCCGCUACACCUUGCAUCAACUUUGAUUUCUGAUACCAAUGGUAUAUUUUUCCAAGCAAUUUCCAAUGUUGGUGGUGAAGAACAUUCACACGCCGUGGGAAAAGUUUUGAAACAAGAAUUGAAGAAAUUGGCUACUCAAUCUCCUCCACCAGAUGAUAUACCGGCUAGUUCUUCAAUUGUUAAACUCAUUAGGAGAGCACAGGCGGCACAGAAGUUGUGCGGCGACACUCAUUUAGGGGUUGAUUUGUUGUUAUUGGAAAUUGUUGAGGAUUAUCAAAUUGGUUUCUUGUUGAAACAAUCUGGUGUGGAUGUUUCUAGGGUUAAAAUGGAGGUUGAAAUGGUUCGCGGCGAUGGUAAAGAAGAGAAGAAAGUCAAUAGCGCUUCUGCUGACAUGAAUUUUCAUGCUUUGAAAAUUUAUGGUAGAGACUUGGUUGAACAAGCGGGGAAACUUGAUCCUGUUAUUGGACGCGAUGAAGAGAUAAGAAGAGUUGUGAGGAUUUUGUCAAGAAGGACUAAGAAUAAUCCGGUUCUUAUCGGUGAGCCGGGUGUUGGAAAAACAGCUGUUGUUGAAGGACUGGCUCAGAGAAUAGUUAAAAGAGAUGUUCCGAGCAAUUUGGCCGAUGUUAAGUUAGUUGCUUUGGAUAUGGGCGCAUUAGUUGCUGGUGCUAAGUAUAUGGGAGAAUUUGAAGAGAGGUUGAAGGCGGUUUUGAAAGAAGUGGAAGAUGCUGAAGGGAAGGUUAUUCUUUUCAUCGAUGAAAUUCAUCUUGUUCUUGGCGCUGGUCGAACUGAUGGAGCGAUGGAUGCUGCCAAUCUUUUCAAGCCUAUGCUUGCUCGUGGCCAACUUAGAUGCAUUGGGGCAACAACUCUCCAUGAAUAUAGAAAAUAUGUGGAAAAGGAUGCAGCAUUUGAAAGGAGGUUUCAACAGGUUUAUGUUGCUGAACCUAGCGUGCCGGAUGCUAUUAGUAUUCUCCGCGGAUUAAAAGAGAAAUACGAGGGCCAUCAUGGUGUUAGAAUUCAAGACCGCGCAAUAGUUAUUGCAGCUCAGUUGUCUAGUCGGUACAUAUCUGGGCGCUAUCUUCCUGAUAAAGCAAUUGAUUUAGUCGAUGAGGCUUGUGCAAAUGUUAGAGUUCAACUUGAUAGUCAACCAGAGGAAAUUGACAUCCUUGAAAGGAAGAGAAUGCAACUCGAAGUUGAACUUCAUGCAUUGGAGAAAGAGAAUGACAAAGCUAGCAAAGCUCGUCACGCAGAUGUGCGGGAAGAGCUUGACGACAUAAGAGACAAGCUUCAGCCUCUGAUCAUGAAGUAUACAAAAGAGAAAGAGAGGAUUGAUGAGAUUCGAAGGCUGAAGCAGAAACGUGAAAAGCUUAUCAUGUCACUAGAGGAGGCUGAGAGGCGGUAUGAUCUAGCAAGAGCUGCAGACCUACGAUAUGGGGCAAUCGAUGAGGUGGACAAUGCAAUAAAAAAACUUGAAGGGAGCACUGAUGGGAACACAGAUGAGAGUUUGAUGUUGACAGAAACUGUUGGACCAGAUCAAAUAGCUGAGGUUGUUAGCCGAUGGACCGGUAUACCCGUGACUCGGCUCGGCCAAAAUGAGAAAGAAAGGUUAGUUGGACUUGGUGACAGAUUGCACAAUAGAGUUGUGGGACAAGACCAAGCAGUUAAUGCUGUUGCUGAUGCUGUGUUGAAAUCAAGAGCUGGUUUAGGAAGACCUCAACAACCAACUGGUUGCUUCCUAUUCCUCGGUCCAACCGGUGUUGGUAAAACAGAACUUGCUAAAGCUCUUGCUGAACAAUUCUUUGAUAAUGAAAAUCAGUUAGUGCGGAUGGACAUGUCGGAAUACAUGGAACAACACUCUGUAUCAAGAUUGAUUGGUGCACCACCAGGAUAUGUUGGACAUGAGGAAGGUGGACAAUUGACUGAAGCUGUAAGGAGAAGACCAUACAGUGUAUUACUUUUUGAUGAAGUGGAGAAAGCACAUACAUCUGUAUUCAACACUCUUCUUCAAGUCUUAGAUGAUGGGAGAUUAACCGAUGGACAAGGCAAAACUGUUGAUUUUAAGAACACAAUCAUUAUCAUGACCUCAAACCUUGGCGCCGAGCAUCUCCUAAAAGGACUUUCAGGAAAGUGUACCAUGGAAGUUGCUCAAGAGCAAGUAAUGCAGGAAGUAAAAAAGCAUUUCCGGCCAGAAUUGUUGAACCGAUUGGACGAGAUAGUUGUAUUCGAUCCUCUUUCUCACGAUCAAUUGAGGAAGGUUGCAAGGUUGCAAAUGAAGGAUGUAGCUAGUCGUCUUGCUGAGAAAGGAAUUGCAUUGGCAGUUACAGAUGCAGCAAUAGAUUAUAUACUUGCUCAGAGCUAUGACCCUGUGUAUGGUGGUAGACCAAUUAGAAGGUGGAUUGAGAAGAAGGUGGUGGUAGAGCUAUCUAAGAUGCUUAUAAGGGAAGAAAUUGAUGAGAAUACAACGGUUUUCAUUGAUGCUGAUCCUAAUGGAAGUGGUUUGGUAUACCGUGUGGAAAAUAAUGGAUCUAUUGUUAAUGCUGAAAAUGGAGUUAAGUCAGAUAUUUUUAUUCAGAUACCAAAAAGUGAUGCUACUAGGCCUGCCAAAAAAAUGAGAAUUGAGGAAAGUAAUGAUGAUGAUGAUGAUAUUUUAAUGUUAGAGUUUCCUUCAAAAUAA